AUGUCUGCUAUACAGUUUUUAGUACUGGCCGCAAUAAUCCUAUCCAGUGGCGCCAAUGAAGAAACUUUAGUGGUGAAAAUUGGUGCCAUUUUUUUCGACACCGAAAUGAAGUUGGCCGAAGCCUUUAGUGUGGCCGUAGAGGAAGUGAAUGCCGUAAAUCCCGCUCUGAGAUUGGAGGCCGUUAAACGCUAUCUGACCAUCGACGACAGCAUAGUCCUGCAAGAUCUUUCUUGUGAAUUGAUUGGAAAUGGUGUGGCUGCUAUAUUCGGACCAAGUUCAAAGACAAACAGCGAUAUUGUCGAAGUUCUGUGUAACAUGACGGGUAUACCGCAUCUGCAGUUCGAUUGGCAUCCUCAGCAGUCGGGAAGGGAGCGUAUCAACAGCCAACUCACCGUGAAUGUGGCCCCAAUGGAACUUUACCUGUCUGCCGCUUUUUUAGAUAUCUUGGCUAGCAAGAGCUUCGACUGGAAGUCCUUUACCAUAGCCUACGAGAAAAGUGCUCACCUCAAUCGCCUGCAGCACAUCUUAGCUUGGAAACAGCUCCAUAAAACAGGGAUCAAGAUGCAGGAAUUCGAACGAGGAGGCGACUACCGAGUUCUCUGGAAGCGAAUAAACAACGCUCGAGAAAAGUUUGUUCUUCUUGAUUGUCCAUCCGACAUUUUGGUGGACGUAAUAAAUGCUUCCAUCGGAUUCAAUAUGACUGGGCCAUUUAAUCACUUAUUUCUAACGAACUUGGAUACACAUGUGAGUGGCAUUGAACGAUUCUAUUCCAGGGAAUUUACGGUUUCCGUGGCGGCUGCCAGGAUACGAUCCUAUAUUCCCCCGCCAGUUCACGAUGAGAUUGAUGUAUUCGACAACUUCGUUGAUACCAGGUUCGACUCACUUGGAACCCAGCUUGUCUAUGACUCGGUCGUACUUUUCUACAAUGCCCUUUUGGAAAUAAGCCAACGAUCUGCAUUUUACAUUCCUCAGUUUAGCUGUGGUCGUGGCUUUUGGCAGCCAGGACCACGACUGGUAGAACAAAUGAAAAUGAUUUCCCCAAAGAAUGCGAAGCCUCCUUACAAGACUCAACGCCUACAGAUAAAUUCUGAUGGCCAGCGCGAAGAUUUUAAUCUCGAAGUUUACAACCCACUCAUCGAUCGUGUAACUCACGUAUGGAACAAGGAAUUUCAGCUUGUGGACUAUGAAACAUUAAGGGAGAACUCAACUCAAGCCGUGAAGCAGAGAAGACUUAAGGACAAAGAGGAUUUCUCCCAAAAGCCCGUUCGUUAUACAGUUGCUACUCGGGUGGGAGAACCCUACUUCAGCUGGCGUAAGGAACCCGAAGGAGUUCAUUAUGAGGGAAAUGAACGAUUCGAGGGAUAUGCAGUCGAUUUAAUUUACAAGCUGGCAGAAGAAUGCAAAUUUGAUUUCAACUUCGAACCAGUCAGGGAUAAUAAAUAUGGAAGUUACGAUGCUGCCAAAGAUGAAUGGGAUGGCAUUAUUCGACAAUUGAUUGAUAAUAAUGCACAAAUUGGAAUCUGUGACUUGACCAUUACUCAGGCACGUCGCACUGUAGUGGAUUUUACUGUUCCCUUUAUGCAACUGGGAAUAAGUAUUCUGUCAUAUAAGGAGCCACCACCGAAGCCAAAUAUGUACACCUUUCUUAAUCCGUACGGAGUGGUAGUUUGGUUAUGUGUCAUGAUUGCGAUGAUUAUCACGGCUUAUGCCUUGAUUCUUACCGGCCGCAUAGAUCAAUAUGAGUGGGAGCAGCCAGUGGAAAAUAUGGAUCACGAAUUGGAACGGGAGAAUAUCUGGAAUCUGCAUAACACCAUGUGGCUGGUGUUGGGCUCGAUACUCAAUCAGGGCUGCGAUAUUUUGCCCAGGGGACUGCCCAUGCGUUUGCUGACUGCUUUCUGGUGGAUCUUUGCCCUUCUAAUCUCUCAGACCUACAUAGCAAAGUUAGCUUCAUUUAUUACCUCUUCGAAAAUUGCUGGUGAAAUAGGCUCCUUGCACGGCCUUGUUGACCAGAACAAGGUGCAAUUUGGCACUGUUCGUGGAGGGGCUACCUCGGUUUAUUUCUCGGAAUCAAACGACACUGAAAACAGAAUGGCUUGGAACAAGAUGUUGUCCUUUAAGCCGGAUGCCUUUACGAAGAACAACGAGGAGGGCGUGGAUCGUGUGAAGCUGAGCAAAGGAACCUACUCCUUCCUGAUGGAGACCACCAAUCUGCAGUACUACGUUCAGCGAAAUUGCGAGCUUACUCAGACAGGGGCAAGUUUUGGAGAGAAGCACUACGGGAUUGCAGUUCCACUGAAUGCCAACUUCCGUUCCAAUCUCAGCGUGGGAAUUCUCAAGCUCAGCGAGAAGGGGGUGCUUUAUAAUCUGCGCAACAAAUGGUUUAACAACAAUCAAAGCACCUGUAACCUGGCUGCCUCGACCACCAAAGCCGACCAGUAUGAUAUGGAUUCGGUUGGGGGUCUAUUUGUGGUCCUGAUCAUAGGCGUAAUGGUUGCAUUUGUGAUCGGCGUCGCAGAAUUUUUGUGGCAUGUGCAGCGCAUUGCAGUCAAGGAGAGGAUACCCCCCAUGCUUGCUCUAAAGGCUGAGUUUAACUUUCUCAUUCGAUUCUGGUUAACCAAAAAGCCUCUUCACACCCAUCGACAAAGUCGUGAUUCAACGUCCACGGGCUAUUCAUCUCUGGAGCAAAUAUCGAGUGCUAAGAAGAAAAAAAAGACCAAGAGGAUUGCGGACUAAGGGAGUGAAAAUCUUGCGUACAUUCAGUGAAAUAUUAUUUAGCCUAGAAUAGGAAUAUUUUAAAUCAGCGGU